AUGAUUUCAAUCAGCAAAUCUGCGCUGCUCGUAGCAGCCCUGAGCGGCCUCUCCCAGGCGGCCAACUAUACCGAAUGGAUGGCCUCGUCCUUCAUGACCAAGAACAUUUCCCUGUCCCGCAACUACGCCAAUGGCGUCCUCUACACCGGUAUGGAGUUCGCCUAUAACAAGACCAAGGACGAACGCUACUUCACCUACAUCAAAUCGCAGGUCGAUGCUGUUGUCGACCCCUCCGGCGGGCUAAUCAACUACCCCGGGUCAACCGUUUCGCUCGACGAUAUCCGCAUUGGCCUCAACCUCCUUUGGCUCUGGACCAAGACGGGAGAUGACAGGUACAAAAUUGCGGCUGAUACCCUCCGCGAGCAGCUUAACUUCACCCCACGCAACAAGGCGGGUGGGUUUUGGCACCGCAAGCCCACGUACCCGAAUCAGAUGUGGCUGGACGGGAUUUACAUGGCUGAGAACUUCUAUGCGCAGUACACCGCGUGGUUCCAGCCAAACAAUGCUACCGCAUGGGACGACAUCAUGCUGCAGUUUGAUCUGAUCGAGGAGCACUGCAGGUUGGAGACCGGAUUGCUGGUGCACGGAUAUGACGAGAGUAAAGUGGCAGUCUGGGCUGACCCUGUUACCGGCGGCGCACCCCAUGUCUGGGACCGCGCAGUGGGCUGGUACUUUAUGUCGCUGGUCGACAUACUCGACUACUUGCCACGAUCGCAUUCCGGCUAUCAGAAGAAUCUCCGUCGCUUCCAGUCCCUGGCAAAAGCCCUUAAGAAGACACAGGACAAGUCCGGUGGAUGGUGGCUCAUAAUGGACGGGGAGUACCCGCGUGACCCCCGCAACUACAUCGAGAGCAGCGGUACUGCCAUGUUUGCGUAUGGAUUCCUCAAGGGCAUUCGCAAGGGAUAUAUCCGCUCCAAAGACUAUAUGGCUCCUGCGAAGAAGGCGUACAACCUCAUGGUGGACAAGUUCGUGGAGAAGAAUGCGAAUGGCACGCUGAAUUGGCUUGGCACAGUGCAGGUCGGCAGUCUGGGCAGCAAUGGAACCUUCGAGUAUUAUAUCUCGGUUCCCGUGGUGCAGGAUGAUUAUAAGGGUGCUGGACCUUUCAUGUAUGCCAGUUAUGAGAUCGAGGCUGCUUCCAAACAAUAG